AUGAAGCACUGUCAGCGCACGUAUACGGUAACCAAUCAGGCAGAUGAUGAUGAAGAUGAAAAUGGUAAUUACUUAAUUGAUAAGGACUCCAGUGGUCUUUUUGGUGAUAAUUCAGGUGGUUUGACAAGCUCCUAUCUCAUGGAUGAGACGGAAGAUGACCUGCCAGCGACAGAGGGGGCACCGACGCUGGGCUCAGUUGUGACCCCCUUUGGCAAGAGGCCAAUCAUUGUGGGGCAGUCGAAAAGCUUUGAUAUGAAGUCAGAACAUAAAAUUGUUCAGUGGGUGCUGGAGCGCAAUGCAAGGGAUGGUUAUGUGUUUACUGACGAGUUUAAACAGUAUGCCAAAUCUGUAUACAAAGGUCCCAAACAUUUUUCAGCCUCCUCAGGCUGGAUGACGCUGUUCCUGAUACGUCAUCACAGGGCUCUAAAAGAUGUGCAGUGGAAAUCCAAGUUUAAAAAAAACUAUUCUGAAAGUUCAUCUGAGGCGUUAAGGGGUGUAGUGCCGGAGUUUGAGCAGAAGAUCAUAGAACUCAUUCAUGAAGAGCACGAAAGGGAGGGCAGUAUCUCGUACAAGGAAAUGAGUCGCUUGGCACAAUCUGUUUACAAGGAAACCAGACCAUCCUUCAAGGCCUCGUACACCUGGAUCAGGAACUUUGUGAAACGCAACGAAGGAAAGCUGCAGGAGCUGAAUAUUGAGAAUGUGAUUCCCGUUCCAAAGUGCAAAGCUGCAUUAAGUGAUAAAAUAAAAAAGAAAUAUGCUAAGAACAAGAUAAAGAAUUAUACCACAGAAGAAAAGAGAAAUAUGGUAAACAUAGCUGAAGAACAUGGGAUCGCACAUGCAUCACUGAAACUCGGAAAUAAAAUAGAUCUGGACUCGUCAAGUGAGAAUCCCCCUGGUCUACCUUCAGACCCAUCACCAAGCACAUCUCAUGCACCUACAAGUCUUCUGCAAUUGGAUCGAAUAGCAGCAAAGUUUGACAUUGCAACCAGGCGGGGAAUAGUAGAUGAGGCCAGUGUAAAUGGGACAUCUGCCACUGUAUCUAGACAUAAAAUACCAUUGUCAUUGCUCCUGAAAUGGAUGAAGUCAUCAGUCAAUGGGACAGAGAGCCCAGCAACAGUCUCAUCUAGUCCUGUCUCUUCCUCAAGCGUGCCAAAAGACUCCUCUAUGUCCAGUGCUGAGAAGACAUUCAAAUGCCACAGCAAGGAAACCAGGGUGGAGGCUGUUGCAGAAGCUAAAGUCAAUGUCAAAAGAGAUGCACCCCUGCCCCCAUUGGACCCAAAAAGUGAAACUAUCGACAUAUCUUGCGGCGAUCUCACUGCAAAACUUAUCCGGAAAAGAUUCAUUUGUCCCGGCAUUAACAGAGAGUGUAUUGAGUUCGCCGGCGACUACAUUACGCCAAAGACGUUUUACCUUAUGGCAGACAAAGGCAGCUUAAAAGACUGGAAGAAUGCCAUUAGAAUCCAUGGAAAAAAAAUCAGACAAUACAUAGACUCAGGUGUACUAGACUUUUACAAUCACUCAAAACUGUGCACGUCGGGACGCUGCAAGUCCAGAAUCAGCCAAUCAAAACUCAACAUCUCUGACACCAUUCCAAACUCACUGACGCCCAUUCGCCAAUGCAAUGGUCACCACUUGAACAGAAUGAAUUCAGAAGACAUGUCGCAUUCAUCUCAUUCAUCAAACGACCCAGCUGUAGAAAGUAUGUCACAGCAGGCAGACAUAGGAAGAUUGUUCGAACAGGAUAAUAUACCUAAUGCGGAUUAUCUAGAGCAGCAACAGAAAGAGGCCCAGGCGAAGGCUGCUUCUAGCGGGGACAAGGACCUCUCGCCCACCGUCCCCAAAAUCUCUAAGCCCCCUUUGUCGCCACAUACAGUGCACAGCCUCGCCUCUCUGCGACCAUCUCUACAACAAUUAACCUCAAACUAUGACCCACUUGCGUACCCAUCUAGUGCCAGUAUGCUUUACGCAGUUUCAACAAUGAACGCUACUGUAGUGUCACCCUCAGUUUUGCCAGCAAUAUCAGGUAUUAAUACAGCCCACAUGUUGACAAGCGCAACCAAAUCAACAGACACGUUUCAAAAGCCAGCUGUACCGAUAACGUCACCAGAACUUGCAGCAUUUCAGCAAGGGAUGCAGCGGAUACCACCAAUAUCUCAUCUCUCACCAAAACAUUUCAGACAGUCACAUUUAGAGGGUCUGUCCAUGUCGUUGCCUGUGUCUCUGUCUGCUGUAAAAGAAUCUCUAUCCAGUGCAGAAGUAGAGUCUCAGAUCACUGCUUCAGAAUCACAGAUUGCUGCUGUAAACAGAAUCCUGAAGCAGUCAGCACUAGUGACUGGAAUCAUGGAAACUCCCUCGUCUACAACCACCAGUAAAUCAGUAUCACAGAUUGCUGCUGUAAACAGAAGCCUGAAGCAGUCAGCACAAGUGACUGGAAUCAUGGAAACUCCCUCGUCUUCAACCACCAGUAAAUCAGGACGUCGGAAAGCUGACCCAACCACCUACUCUGAAGAGUCCUCCCCGACCUUUAUCCCGCCUAUUAACCCCAAAAAAUCUCGCCAACAGUCGCCAGUGAGAGCUGUGACCUCCACAUCUGCCAGUAUGGAAGGUGCUUUGCCUCCACUGCAUGCGAGUAUGGACAUGCUUCCAAGGUUGCACAGGCUUGACACAGAGUCUUUUCCACUUAGAUCACAAAACAUCCAGUCGACGUUAGAGGAUUUCGAUGCAUUGCGGACACCAACGUUUCUCCCUUCGUCAGUUGUGGGCGAUGUGCAAAGCAGUGCGCAUGAUAUAAGCUUGCAUCAAAUGUCAGUUGACCGUGAACAAAUGGCAGCUUAUGCUAAAGCUGUUGAACAAGAUCAGUCAUAUGUGAUUGCUGACAGAGAACAAACCUACACACCUUCAUCGGACAGGGCUUCCAUCAACUACUCACAUCAGCAGGAAGUCAGGGUCAAAGCGGACUCUGAGUCGCAGCGCAGCAUGUUCCCCGAGGCUCCAGUGACCAACACAACACUGGAGACUGAGCAGGAGGCCAUGCUAAGGCAGCAAGAGGAGCAGCGCAGGAAUCUACAAGGUGUGUCCAGAAGUAGUAGUGCAGAUUCAUUUCCCCUGAAUCAGAAAUAUGGUCAGUUUAAGAAGUCAUAUGAUGACUCCCUUACACAGACAAUGGUGGGACUAUACCACAAUAUGAUGCAGUCAGUAGGAGCCAUUAUGACACACAAUCAUGUCUUUGGAACUGGUUUUAGAGUUGGUUCCAAAUAUAUUAUGACAGCAAUGCAUGUGAUAUCUGAAAUUCAAGGCCAUGAAUGA